AUGAAUCUCCGACCACGGAAGUCGCAACGUCCGCCCAACUCCAUGUCAUCGCCGACAAUAUUCCUCCCUGACGAACUUAUCGUAGAAGUGCUUUCUUUCCUUCCUGUGAAAACUCUUAUGCGACUGAGGUCCUGCUGUAAAUCGUGGAACUCCCUCGUAUCCAAUCCUUUAUUCGUCAAGUCGCACCUUCAGCGUUCUACACAAAACCCGAACUUCACACUGGGAAGAACACUAUGUAGAGUGGAUACCAGUGUCCUACCCAUCUCCUUUGAUCGUUUCAUAGAGAGUUCAUGUUCGUCCAAACCGAUUACCCUUACCAACGAUCCUUACUAUAGUUUGAAGGAUAAGGAUUGCUCUAAUGUUGUUGGUUCCUACAAUGGAUUGAUAUGUUUGCUCGGUUAUUCUUUUAAGUCUGACGAGAUGUGGUUCCGGUUCUGGAACCCUGCUACCAGGACAAUAUCAGAUAAAUUAGGGCAUUUUUGUAGCAUACCCUACAGUUAUGAUUUGACAUUUGGUUAUGAUAAUGAAAAAGACACUUAUAAGGUAGUGAACUUAUACCGAGGGGCGAAAAUUUUUAGUCUGGGCGAUAACACUUGGAGAAAUAUUCAAAGUUUUCCCGUGGAGGAUCAUCAGCUAAGCUGUGAUGGUGUGCAUUUGCGAGGUAUUGUUAAUUACUUGGCAAUUCGCAAUUACUACUCUCAUUCUUCGUAUGAUUGCAAGGAUCUUACUGUUGAGCAAUUUGUGAUUAUUUCACUUGAUUUGGGCACGGAGACAUACAAAUAUUUGCUUCCCCCUCGAGGUUUUGUUGAAGUGCCAUUUAUUAAGCCAUCUAUUUGUCUGUUGAUGGACUGCCUUUGUUUUUCUCAUGUUGUUAAGAAAACUCAUCUUGUUAUAUGGAAGAUGACAGAUUAUGGAGUUCAAGAGUCUUGGACUCAAUUACGUAGGAUAGAUCUUCAAAUUAUAGAUUAUAACUUGGAGAAAAAAUUUCAUUCUCGGUGGUUGCCAUUGCACCUUUCUAAAAAUUAUGAUGCACUCGUAUUAGCAAACGAUUCUGAAGAACUGCCGGUUGUCUAUAAUUUGAUAGAUCAUAGUGUAAAGAGAACUAGAAUUAUCAAUGGUGAACGCUGGUGGCACUAUAUCAAGAACUAUUCUGAAAGCUUGGUUUUAUGUGAAUGA